UCGCCUCCUAGCGGUACGUAUCGUUUUGCGCUGUGGAAGGCGGAGCGGUAAACGGAUAAAUCAGGAAAGAGGGUAUCUGCUUGUUGAAGUCUGGUUUUUUUCAACAGUCCAUAGAAACAAGAGAUGUGCCGGUGGUGAGCCGAAAUAAUUAGCCAGUUAUCUACUUUUUUCCAGAGGAGAAAUUACAAACGUGGUUAAUUGUGUGACACGAUGGCGAACAGCGAAGGCAUCGGCCUGCGUAGCCGCAGGGUGGCUCCCAGGAUGCCCGGGAUCCUGGAUGGGGAUGACAGCGGCAGCAGCAGCAGCAAUGGCGAUCCUCGGAUAACCAGCAAUGGAAAAAUGGAGGUGGAGCACGUCAUCAACAAGAAACUGCAGCUGAAGAUGAAGGUGGAGCACCUGAAGGCCGGCUUGAUGAAGCAGCUGGACUCCCAGGUGAACGAGUUUGUGGACAGCCUCAUAGAGGAGUCGGCCUGUCUGGACCCCCCCGCAGUGUCCUCCUCCUCCUUCUCCCCCUCGCUGUCCGAUAAGGAGAGGAGCAAGCUCAAGUUUGGGCAGCUGAGGACCCCUCUGGAUCAAGGCAAGCAGUUUGUGGUCCGCCGCUCUCUGUUGGAUGAACUGUUUGAGGUGAACCACAUCCGCACCAUCUACCACAUGUUCAUCGCUCUGCUCAUCCUCUUCAUCCUCAGCACCCUGGUGGUGGACUUCAUUGAUGAGGGCAGACUGGUGCUGGACUUUGACCUGCUGGUCUACGCGUUCGGACAGCUCCCCCUGGUGGUGUCCACGUGGCUGUGCAUGUUCUUGUCGGCGCUGGUGGUGCCGUACGGCCUGUUCCACCUGUGGGCCGGUCAGUACCAGGCGUCGCGGCGCGGCACCCUGCUCUCCGUGCUGGCCGGGGCAGCCUUCCUGCUCUACCAGGGCCUGGGCCUGGGCUUCCUGCCCACCUACGUGGUACUGAGGAACGGCUUUCCCCCCGCCUCCCGCUUCAUCGUCAUCCUGGAACAGGUCCGUUUGUUGAUGAAGACGCAUUCCUUCGUCAGGGAGAAUGUCCCAAGGGUGCUGGCGUCUGCGCAGGGCAAGAACAGUCCCGUGGUCAUCCCCCAGGUGACUCAGUACCUGUACUUCCUCUUCGCCCCUACGCUCAUCUACAGAGACAGUUACCCCAGGAAUCCAGUCAUCAGGUGGGGUUAUGUGGCCACUAAGUUUUUACAGGUGCUGGGCUGCCUGUUCUACGCGUACUACGUCUUCGUGCGCCUCUGCAUCCCGCAGUUCCGCAGCAUCAACCUGCAGCUCUUCGACCUGCGGGUGAUGGUGCUCUGCGUCUUCAACUCCAUCCUGCCAGGGGUGCUGGUUCUCUUCCUGGCUUUCUUCGCCUUCCUGCACUGCUGGCUCAAUGCCUUUGCAGAGAUGCUGCGGUUCGCCGACAGGAUGUUUUACAAGGAUUGGUGGAACUCUACAUCUUACGCCAAUUACUACAGGACCUGGAAUGUCGUAGUACAUGAUUGGCUAUAUAAUUACAUAUACCGGGACUUCCUAUGGAUGUCAGGGAAGCGGUUGCGGGCGACGGCCAUGUUGUUUGUGUUCACCGUGUCCGCGGUGGUGCACGAGUACGUCCUGGCGGUCUGCUUCGGCUUCUUCUACCCCGUCCUCUUCUGCCUCUUCAUGUGCUUCGGGAUGGUGUUUAAUUUCAUCCUCCACGAUCGGAGGAAGGGACCAAUCUGGAACGUGAUCAUGUGGACCUCGCUCUUCCUGGGCCAGGGGGUCCUGAUCUGUCUGUAUUCCCAGGAGUGGUAUGCUCAGCGCUACUGCCCCCUGCAGGAGCCUUCCUUCCUGGAUCUGCUGAAGCCACGCUCCUGGACCUGUCACCAGCAGAUAGCCCCUGCUGAGGACUCCCGCUGAGAGAGCAGUGACUGGGCUCUGCGCAGCUCUCUCACCAGCCAAAUGAAUGAGUGAGGGAGAGGAGAGCAGGGCUUCCUCUUCAUGCAGUUUCACACGACUACUGUCAUUUCCCUUUGUGAUCUCUUUUUUCAUUGCACUAUGGCCAAUGGACGUAUUUGCAUUGUGGGGUAUUGGGAGGUUCCAUAAGAAGCCAAAUAGUUUUGCAGUAUAUAGCUGACCUUUUGGAAGGAUGUCAAGUCUUCUUUCAAAAGUUUAUUGCAUUUUCUGUCAUUUUAGUUCUCAUUAUAGAAACUAAGGUGUACUAAACAAUUUCAAGUAGGGUCCAAAAUGGCAUUUUCCUUUUUAUAUUAUUUUUUGUUUUUUUAAUUUUCCUCUUUAUUCUUGAAAUUAUUCAAGAAAUUCAUUAUGUUGUCCUGGUUUUUUUAUUUUUAUUUCUCCAGUAGCUUUAAUUAUAUUUAACUUAAAAUAUGCAUUAACUCUCAGAUAUAUACGUGCCUCUCUGAAAAGGCAGCAUUUCCUUGGGCUCAGUGUUCACGCCUGAGUGAGUAUUUUAAAAUUAAUUAAGAAAAUGCUGUUUUUUUUAAAGUGUAUACUCAGUUCUUUCCUGAGUGAGAGGCGAACUUGGAAACCAAUUGAACAAAUCCACAUUUACAGAGACUGAGUUACCCCUUUUGCAUUAUUCUGAAAACUUGAAUAUAAAUGACUGGAGUUUUUUGUCUGUUAGCCAUACUAGUGUGAAGAAGCUGACUGAACUGGUCGUAAUGAACAGAGCUGCCAAACCCAUGGGGUGUCAAUACCCCCCCCCCCCCCCCACUGCACUCAGAGAACACCCCACAACUCACUCAUGAUACAGCGCUAUCAUCCGUUCUGUUAAAACCCUGUUCUGUUUUGUUCGCUUAAUUUUUUUUCCAUUCAAACCUAAAUCCUGUCUGUGAGCUUGCCUCAGUCUCUACCCGAUCAUGUCUUACUCUCGGUUUUUAUUUUUAAACUAAAGUGCAGCUUGAAAUGUUUUUAAGCUCAGCGACCAUCAAAUCUGUGGGUUUGAACCAGCCUAUGUCUGCCUUUCCCAGAAAAAAUGAAAAUGUGAUGUCACAAUAGAUGUCAGAAUUAUUUGCAUGUGAAGAUUUGUCCAUGAUAGAUGGGAAUCUGGUGUUUGGAGUCCUUCCAAAGCAAUACUUAAAGUUGUUAUAUUCCACUUUUAUUUCACUCGUGUACCUGUAUGCUCGGGGAAAUAUGUAAUAAUAAUUGCAGCUGGCUGCAGUGAUGUUACCAGUAUAAUUGUGUUAACUUGUGGCUGAUAAAAUAAUUGUAUUCAUGUUUGUGCCAAAUGUAUGUUUAUUGGUAAGCUGGUAUUGUCAUGUACUCUGAGUUUAAAUUCUGUACAAUUGUGUGACGAUUUCUUCUGCAGCUUAGUUUUGAGUUCUUUGUUAAUAUUAAUGAAAUCACAGCUGAAUUGCACUACUGGACCUUUGCCUUCAUGGUAUACAAAUUUAAACUGCAAAAUUGGAUCUGCAAGUAAGGGGACAGUUUUCCUUACUAAAGGAAAUGGAGUCCCUUGCCAAAUGUACUGGAAUAUUUGGUAUUUAUUUGGUAGUGUUUAUUGUUUAACUUGGGAACCCGAUGAACAAAUUGUCUUUUGAUUUGCCUUGGUUGUGUUAGAUUUUGAUAGUCUUUCUGCGCGUCACUUAAUGAGGUUAAUACAAAGCAACCACCAGAGGGCGCUGUGUAUCAGUACAAGUCUUUACAUUACUGUCCUACAGAAAUUGUGAGUAGCUAUAUUUGGUGAGACACCACCCAUGAAUCCAUCCUCAUUCAUAAGCACAGGAGGUCCAGCCAUUUAUGUGAAGAUGUGCUCUUUGCAAUGUACUUGAAUGAAAAAUAUAUGUUCAAACACUGUUGGAUGACCAAGUUUGAAAUGCUCGGAAAAUGUAUUACACUGGUAAAAUAUUGAUAUUUUUCUACAAUACAAGGUUGUGCAUAAUUUUUUUUAUUGGUCAUGUUGGAAAUGGAGAAAUUUUUGGUCAUUUAAGAAAACUGCAACUUUUUGACGGUGCCAUAUUAGAUAUAUAAAUUUAAAAAUCCUUGCCCAGCAUCAAAUGGGCAACAAAAAAAACUUCACUGUUCUCAUGGGCUACUGAUUAUUAUACAGUAAUAUACAAAGUAUAUUAUUGCAUUAAUGUACAAUAGAUUUAAAACAUCCUGUUUAAGUUUUCAUUUUUCCUUGAUAUUAAUUUGUGGGAGCAAGGAUAAUUUUUCAUCCACUUCAGAUUUGUCAGAUUAAGGUGCUAACCAGGAUAUUGAAUUAUUUUUAUUGUUAAUAUGCAUGUUUAAAAAAAGCAUUUUUAAACUGCCUGAAAAAAGAUUGUAAACCAGUAAGAGUACUAAAGUUGAUUUUGUUUCUGAUGAAACUUAUGUUACUGUAUAGAGGUUAGAAUUAUGAAAAAUGUAUUUUCAACUUCAGUUAUCUAGUGCAAUGUUCUGGAGUUUCAUAUGAUUUGAAAUUGUGAUUUUGUAGCAUUGCACUUUAAAUUUGGGGAAAAUAAACUUGUUUUGCCACAGUGUUUUAUAUUAAGUCAAGAAUAUAUCUGUAAGAAUAAAUUAUGUUAUAGAUUACUAAUGUAAUGAAAAGGCUUAUUGGCACAUCUGAGCCAAAGACAUUGAUUGUUCUUUGAAUAAAAAAAUGUAAUGUCCUAAA